AUGCCCCCGACGCAGACGCCCCCGGUUCAUGUAAUCGUCAAGCUUCCAUACAACAGACCAGAAGGUACUGUAGAUCCACCCGUGGUAAUAUGGACUGCAGACAAGGAAGCCAUGCUCUGGGAUAUAAUCUCGCGAUAUCGAGGAUCAGAUUCUAGUGGGAUAGAUUGGCCCGGGCUUUCUGCCCACCUCGAAGUUCCACUACCAUUUCUCAUGUAUCGAGCGCAAGUCAGAUACGAAGAAGACCUACGUGGACUACAAGGAAACUUGGGAGCCUCUAUCCUUCCUACUCCCGGGACACCCAGGCCGACCAUCCAAACGAAGCUGCCAGACAAGAAACCCAACUCCUUGAGCCUGCGGAGUCCUCUGCUGGGUCUUCGAACCUCGCAACCCGCACCCUUAUCCAGAGGUUCCACUCCUGCCGGCACUCCACGGAACAGGCUAGCGACUCUCCACAAGUCUCCCUUGGGGCUUCAAGGUUCCCAGAUGUCUCCAUUGUUGACAUCUAACUCUGCCUUGCUUGAUCGGCCGGCGUCGACGCGACCACUACCUAGUUCCCCUCUUACCAUUCGGCGACCUCCUACCCCUCCAUCUCCACAAUCACCAGCCUCUUCAUCAAGUGAGAAUAACGACUCAGAGAGAGAAAAAGAGGAGAAUCGACAGCAAGUGGACAGACAACUGAAACAGCUUGAGAAGAUGAUGUCUAGUCAACUCCUCGGCUUCGCUCGACCAAAGACAGACGGGAAAAACAAAGAGAAAUUGACAUUAAGUAUGGUCAGAGAGAGUCAAAGGUCCGAGGACAGAACGUCAUCUGCUUCUAGUUCAAUCCCAUCCAUCCCCUCACCUCCUCCCGAUAAACGCGCCGGUGCCUUUGCGCUUUCAUCAACUCCAAGAGGUAUACCCCGUAAUACGGCUCCAGCUGGAAACACACAGGUUGCCCGGUCUCCGCCUCACUCGCCAUCCAACCAGGUCUUACGAAACAAGAUGCUCGGAAAACACACAGAUCGAGUGAGCAACCAGGGUUCGAGUGCGUCCAGCUUUAGUGAUAUCAGUGACGCCAGCGUAUCAACGUCUGCACUUGAGGACGCCUUGACAUCCAAUUUUCGCCAAGGCAGUACUUCGAGGCUAUCCUCGUUCGCCCGAGGCUAUAGCAGACCUGGGCCUGCGCCAUAG